AUGGAGCAGCUCUCCACCUCCUCGCCGGCGGCGCCGCCCCCGCCCCCGUGGCGGCCGCCGACGAAGAUCAGGCUGCGGCGCCAGAGGCUGGAGGCGCUCCUGCAGGAGCUCCGGCAGACGCUCGACGGGCUGGGCGACGCCGAUCUCGGCGCCUCUCUCUCCGACGCGGACGCCUACACCGAGGCGCCCGAGUACGGGGACAGCGAGGGCGGCGGAGACGACGACGACGGUGACUCGGCGGCUUCGAUGGCGAGCGACUCCGACCGCGCCACGGACCAGGUGUUUGAUCUCCUUAAAUCUAGGUUUGAGUCACCAGAAUUUCUUCAGGAGUUCCAUGAAAUUCAAAAGUCUGUAUGUCAAAACGGUGCAGGUAUUCCUCUACUGAAUAACUCAUGCACUGGAAUGUUAUCAGUUGAAUUGGAUACAUCAUGGGAUGUGAUAAAGGCGGGAGAUUUGUGGGAAGAUGAUGACGACAAUGGAUAUGUUCUUGUUAAGCCAGAGGAUGCAGCUGAAGGGAUAGCUUUCUUUGUAGCCACAUACUUAUCGACACUUACAAAAACCAAGGAAUUAUCUCCUGAUCGACUUCAGAAAGCCCUUAAGAAGACAUUUUCAGCCGAGAAGAGAAAAGGCAAACUUCGGAAGGCAUGGGAUGGGACAAAAGUCAUUUAUAAUGUAGCUUCAUGGGGUGCCACAGCUGUUGGCAUCUACAAUAACCAAGCAAUUCUUAAGGCAGCAGGCACAGCCAUUCAGAUGUCCUGGCGUGUGGUGUCCAAGUUCCUGUGA